ACGUCCAUAUGCGAUGUUAUCCUUUUUAUCGGUUUGGCUGCAUGUAAAAACCUUUUCACUGUAACUAGUUUAGUUAGUGGAGAAAGGACAUUCGAUGAAUGCAGUUAAGUAAGUUCGGCUGUGCUAAGUAGAUGGACACUUAAGUGAGGGCUAGGAUGCAAAGUAGUUAAACAUUUUGGAUGUUUGAGUUAUUGGAAGACAAAUAAACCAAUAGUGGAAGUUUAUAAAAAAAUUUAAGUGAGGAAGAGUAAGGAUAUCCAGGAUAUUAAAAAAGUGCAACCAAGCUUUAGCAAAUUUUGAGUACUUAACCAGUGAUUAAUGGACAAGUGACCGAAAGUUAACAAUCAAAAGUGAGAAACCGUCAAGAGUGUGUAAGCUAUGAGCAGUGAUUCGGAAGCGUAUGAACGCAAUAAAUCAUCACCGCGUCGCCAUUAUUAUAACGACUAUCAUUCAGAUAUUGAAUGUGGUGGUGUCAAUGGUGGAAAUGGAAAUGUGAAUAAUUCAAAUGAGACCGGAAUCGGUAGUAGUUAUGAAAGUGUUACAGCUCAUCGAAAGUUUCAACGUCUAUCAACGCGUAAAUUACAUCGUAAUUCAAUUGCAACUACGUAUCUAUCUCCGCCAUUUUUCAAAUAUGGCGAACAUUCCAGUGAUGAAAGUGAUACAGGAAAUGAUCGUUUAGUGGCAUCAAGUCCAGCUAAACAUUCAUCCCCUGCUGGGAUAACAGCUUCAUUCACGGGAGAGUAUCGGAAUAUGAGUGGAUUCAAUCAGCGACCGAGACGAUUUAGUCAGGAUUCUGGGAUAGUGACAGCGAAACAUUCAGGCAUGAACAUCAACAACAGCGAUCCAUCUCUAGUAGUUCGACACAGUACAGAUAGCAUAAGAAAUCUUCAAAUCUACCAAAAUGCGGAAACCCAAAAACUUACAAUUACAACAUCAGUCAACGAAGAAGACGACAUCGUAGAAAGUCCUGUGGCCACCGAAGCGCCUGUAGAAAAAUGGAUAGCAAAGUACAAUACAUCUCUGAUGCCAAAAAAAUUCGAAUAUGAAUAUGAAGACAACAAAAGUCCAAAAUUUAGCCAGGCAUUUGGUCCAAAAAUCGGUGCUGAAAAUAUUCCAGGCACUCCAAUGGUUGGAUUGGGUCUUGUGGAUGAUUCAGUGAAACGAGACAGCAAGGAUUCGAAUAGCUCGUUGUUUCCGGAGGAUCUAGGAUGGCGAAGAUUGUCCGAGAAGAGUGUGUCAUUUCAGGAUGAAAAUAGUAGUUCCAACGCAAGUAAUCCUAGUAGAAAUGAGAAACGAUUGAGUGAUGCAUCUGAUCGGAGAGUCAGCAAACAGGAUAAGGAGGGACUGGAUCCUGAAUCCUUAAUGUUUCGUGAUGGUCGUCGACGUAUCGAUAUGGUAUUGGCAUAUGAAGAGGAGAACGAGGGUGUUAUGACGGAAGCAGAGGCUCGACGUCGAGAGCAUCGCCGCUGUUUCCAGGAAAAUCUGGUAAAAGAAGGACUAGAAUUGGAGUUGGAAGAUAAAUCGCAGGCAUUCGAUGAGAAAACAUUUUUCCUGAAAAUCCAUAUACCGUGGCGUGUUGAGACCCGAUUAGCUGAAGUAAUGAAUUUAAAAUUACCCAUUAAGAGAUUCAUAACGAUAAGCGUGAAAGCGUGGGAUGAAGAGAAACAAUCAAUAACUAGAUUCCAAUUCUGGCACAGAAUGCUGGAAAAUUUUCGUACCAUGAUACAGUUGGAUGCAACUUUCCUGGAAGAGGAGGCGUCCUUCAAAAAAGCAACAGCAGGAGGAAACCCCGAGGAACAAUUCAUCGUAAAGGAUCGCUGUACGGCCUACACCAGUGCUCAACGCUCUCUCAUGGUCAUGCAGAUCCUACUUCGCACAAAAUUCGACGAGACCGAACGUUCAGGGAUACGUCGUUUGCUCAACGAUGGCACCUACUCAGCCUGCUUCCCUUUGCACGAAGGACGUUACGACAAAGCCCAUUCAAGCGGAGCCAUAUUCGACAGACGUAUCCUUUACCUAAACUGGGCUCGUCCAUCACAAUGGUACAAAAAACAACCCCUUUGUUUGGUACGAAAAUACUUCGGCGAUAAGAUUGCUCUCUACUUUUGCUGGUUGGGAUUCUACACAGAAAUGUUGGUCUAUCCAGCGAUAGUAGGAACUCUGUGUUUCCUAUAUGGACUGGCAUCAAUCGACUCCGCGGAUAAUACACCUAGCAAGGAGAUAUGUGCUGAGAAUGGUGUAGGGAACUUAACACUAUGCCCGCUAUGUGACAAGGCGUGCAGCUACCAAAGACUGUAUGAUUCUUGCCUUUUUGCAAGACUAACUUACCUGUUUGACAAUCCUUCGACUGUAUUUUUUGCUAUUUUUAUGUCAUUUUGGGCUACAACAUUCCUAGAAUUAUGGAAACGUAAGCAGUCAGUCAUUGCUUGGGAAUGGGAUCUGCAGAAUAUUGAAGCUGAUGAGGAAAAUCGACCUGAGUUUGAAACGGCCGUGAAGACAUUCCGAAUGAAUCCUGUUACUCGAGAGAAGGAACCUUACAUGUCAACUAUGAGUCGGGCCGUUCGGUUUGUUAUAACAGGGAGUGCGGUCCUAUUUAUGAUCGCGAUAGUCCUAACCGCUGUCCUGGGUACCAUCAUAUAUCGGAUUUCUCUGGUGUCAGUCAUCUACGGCGGUGGUGGUUUCUUCGUGAAAAAGCAUGCCAAAUUGUUUACAACUAUAACUGCUGCACUUAUUAACUUGGUGGUUAUCAUGAUACUAACGAGAAUCUACCACAAACUUGCCAUUCAUCUGACAAACCUGGAAAUUCCACGAACCCAAACUGAAUACGAAGACUCCUACACGUUUAAGAUAUUCUUCUUCGAAUUUAUGAACUUUUACAGUUCCCUCAUUUAUAUAGCAUUUUUCAAGGGUCGUUUUUUCGACUAUCCUGGCGAUGAUGUGGCUCGGAACAAUGAGUUCUUUCGGUUAAAGAAUGAUAUAUGCGACCCGGCAGGAUGUCUGAGUGAACUUUGCAUACAACUUUCCAUAAUAAUGAUCGGAAAGCAAGUUUGGAACAAUUUCAUGGAGUAUCUGUUCCCGAAGUUCUGGAAUUGGUGGAGACAGCGGAAACAUAAACAGGCGACAAAGGACGAGACUCAUUUACAUAUGACCUGGGAACAGGACUAUCAUAUGCAAGAUCCAGGAAGAUUGGCGUUGUUUGAUGAGUAUUUGGAGAUGAUCCUUCAGUAUGGUUUCGUCACAUUGUUUGUCGCUGCAUUCCCAUUGGCUCCACUAUUCGCGUUGCUCAAUAAUGUUGCUGAGAUUCGAUUGGAUGCUUACAAAAUGGUAACACAAGCUCGGCGUCCCUUGGCUGAAAGGGUGGAAGACAUUGGAGCCUGGUAUGGAAUUUUAAGGAUAAUAACGUAUACCGCGGUUGUGUCAAACGCUUUUGUGAUCGCAUACACAAGCGAUUUUAUCCCGAGGAUGGUCUAUAAAUAUGUCUAUUCCCCAACAAACUCCUUAUCUGGAUACAUUGAGCAUUCACUUUCAGUUUUCAACACUUCGGAUUACAAAGAAGAGUGGGGUGCUACCAGUACAGAGCAUGAUCCGGAUAUGUGCAUGUAUCGAGGUUACAGAAAUGGUCCAACUGACAAUGAUCCUUAUGGACUCAGCCCGCAUUACUGGCAUGUAUUCGCUGCCCGUCUGGCUUUCGUAGUUAUUUUUGAGCAUCUUGUAUUCGUAAUAACCGGGAUCAUGCAAUUUGUCAUCCCCGACAUUCCAGCUGAAGUGAAAACCCAAAUUCAAAGGGAGCAACUCCUUGCCAAAGAAGCAAAAUAUCAACAUGGCUUGAAGAAAUCUCAUCAGGAAGAAUAUCAGGACUUGCUACAGGUCCUUAACGAUCAGCCCAAUUCUAGCAGACAAGGCAAUCGUGGCAAUUGGGCACGACGGUUAAGCCGAAUCAGUGAUUCAGCACCGGAUGCUCAUGUGGAACUCACAAAUCGACCGAGAAGAUCGAUAGAGUCUACCGUCUGGGAGGUGACCUAGGAAAAGAAUGUUUUGCCAGGGGUUUAGGUGAAGGAGAAAGUGAGAGAAUAUGGAACAAAAUAACAAACGAAAAUUAACACCAAAAAGACUAAUUAACUUUAUGAUAUCUAAUAAAUGUGGUUCAAUUUUUUAAGAUA